CUGGAGUGACAUAAUGGAAUUUUUAGGGCUAGAAAGCGAGCGAGGUCUGGCUGUGCGCAUAGCAGUCGUGCCAUCGGGAAAAGACAAUAUCAUCGGCGCGCAGAGGGAACAAGACACCAAGAACUCCCUCAUCAGACGAAGUGAUCGAUUAAAGGUUUGAGACAACAAGAACAGGGGGGAUCUCAGAAGAAAAAAAAAAAAAAAAAAACAGGACGCGUUAAACAGAAGGAUCACAUGAUUUCCGCGCGUUUGGAUGAGUGCGUUGGACAGUGCGUAAAGCUCCACUCCCUCAUGUGAGGGUGUAGAAUGGAAACAACCCUCUACCCAGGCACCGUGGUCAACACUCCGAGGGUCUACAGCAUCUAUUCCCAGGGCACAAUGAUGAAGAAGGAAAUUAACCUGAACUUAGACGAGCAGAACUCCGAUCUCAAAGCAAACCCCCUCCGAGAAACAGAUGGACUCCUCAACUCCCCGGACCUUGGACUCCUUAAACUAACCUCCCCAGACUUGGAGCGUCUGAUCAUCCAGUCCAACGGCUUGGUCACCACCGCCAACGCCACUUCCCAGUUCCUCUAUCCGAAAUCCGCCAGCGACGAGCAGGAAUUCGCGGAAGGUUUCGUCAAAGCUCUGGAGGACCUCCACAAGCAGAACCAGCUGAGCGAGGCCGGCUGCGUGUCCGUGGACCGGCUGGAGCUGCUCGGAUCCAACGCGGUGGGUUCAACCGGGCUCCAAGCGUCCGAUCUACCGGUGUACACGACCCUGAACGGAUACGCGUCCAGUCCGCUCGGAGGCACCGCCACCAACAUCAACUACUCCACGGACACCAUCCCCUUCCCUCCGCCUCCGGCCCAUCUGGCGCAGCAACAGGCGGCCGCCGCUGCUGCAGCCCUGUCCCGCCUCCAGUCCGCCGGCUCGGUUAAAGACGAGCCGCAAACCGUACCGGACAUGCAGAGCUUCGGGGACAGCCCCCCUCUGUCCCCUAUAGACAUGGACAACCAGGAGCGCAUCAAAGCGGAGAGGAAAAAACUGCGGAACCGAAUAGCCGCGUCCAAAUGCCGCAAGAGGAAACUGGAGCGCAUCUCCAGGCUGGAGGACAAAGUCAAAACCCUGAAGACGCAAAACACCGAGCUGGCCUCCACCGCCAGUGUGCUCAGGGAACAAGUGGCCCAGCUGAAGCAGAAGGUGAUGAACCAUGUGAGCAGUGGGUGCCAGCUUUUACCAAACCAGGUGCAGGCUUAUUGAAGUCCAUGAUGGUGCUGCUGAUGGAGAUGGAGAUGGAGAAGGGGAUGGAAGUGUCCCAGCUCUGGGGAUGCACAGACUGUUAACAGAGGCCAUGGGGAAACACGUCCUCCAGAAAAAAAAAAAAAAAAAAGACUGUAUUGUCACUUCCACAGGCCUUUGACAGAAGCUGCAUUUCAACUGGAAAGUAACAGGUUAACACA